AUGUCACCGGACAAAGACAUGUCUAAUCAGCCUGAGCGGAGCACGAACGAUGAUGUCAAGAGAAGUACAACACCGACCGACAACAGCGGUGGCGCGGUUGAGGAGCCAAAGGGUGAUAUGGGCGGCUAUGUGCGCAUUUUCAAGUAUGCAGAUCGCACCAGUUGGACGCUCAACAUCAUCGCGUUCGUUGCAGCAAUCGCCGCUGGAACCCUACUUCCACUAAUGGAUCUGGUCUUCGGGAAAUUUGUGUCAACAUUUACUGGAUUCGCAACGGGCUCGAUUACCCCGGCCCAAUACCGCUCAGAAGUAAAUAAGUACACUCUGUACUUUGUGUAUCUCUUCAUUGCAAAGUUUGGUCUGGUUUACAUACACUCGGCGUUCGUCUCAAUUGCAGCAAUACGCACUACCAAAGCGCUGCGCCUGGACUUCAUCCGACACAUUCUCCGACAGAACAUCGCGUACUUCGACUCAGACGAAGCCGCCUCAGUUACGACGCAGGCUACGACGAACGGAAACAAUAUUAACAACGGUAUAUCCGAGAAGCUUACAUUGAUCAUCCAAGGUGUAUCGACUUUCGUCUCUGCAUUCAUCAUCGCCUUCAUCGUACAAUGGAAGCUCACUCUGAUAACGAUAAGCAUCGUUCCGACGAUCAUUGUCGUAGUCGGUAUCUCCGUAGGUAUUGACACCAAGAAUGAGAAUCAACUGCUACCGAUUUACUCCAAAGCUGGGCAACUUGCGGAGGAGGUUUUCUCGACAGUGCGGACGGUUCAUGCGUUCUGGCUCCAUCCAUUGCUGUCUCGCAAAUACGACAAGCUUCUUGGCGAUGCCCAAGAAGUGGGUAUGAAGAAGUGCCCAAAUUAUGCCGUAAUGUUCUCGGUCGAGUUUUUUUGCAUUUACGCUGGCUAUGGAUUGGCCUUCUGGCAAGGUAUUCGGAUGUUUGCCAGGGGCGAAAUCAAAGAAAGUGGCGACGUUUUCACUGUCAUUCUCGCUGUCAUCGUCGCAGCAACCGCUAUGACAACCAUCGCACCUCAAAUCAUCGCCCUGACAAAAGCAUCUUCCUCGGCUGAUGAGCUAUUCAAGACCAUCGACCGGAAGUCCGAGAUCGAUCCCUUGAGCGAAGAUGGCAAGACACCAAAUGUGUGUAGAGGUAUCGUUGAGAUUAAGGAUGUCAGUUUUGCCUAUCCGGCCAGACCCGACAUCACAGUCUUGAAGAGCUUGACGUUGUUGGCACCUGCUGGAAAGACCACAGCACUGGUUGGAGCUUCCGGUAGUGGAAAAUCUACGAUCAUUGGUUUGAUAGAGCGUUGGUACGACCAAACUACCGGUACCAUAUAUCUCGAUGGCACAGAUAUACGAGAACUCAAUCUUACUUGGCUUCGUACAAACAUCCGAUUGGUACAGCAAGAGCCAGUACUAUUCUCUGGCACUGUAUACGAAAACGUCGCGUUCGGCUUGUUCGGUACCGAUAAGGCCAGCCUUUCAGAGAGUGAUCAGCGAGCGCUCGUAGAGAAGGCCUGCAAGGACGCUCAUGCUGAAGAGUUCAUUGUGCGACUACCGAAGGGCUAUGAUACGCAGCUCGGCGAGCGCGCUAUGAAUCUCUCAGGUGGUCAAAAACAGCGCUUGGCGAUUGCACGAUCUAUCGUUUCGGAACCAACUGUACUCUUGUUAGACGAAGCUACUAGCGCUCUAGACCCAAAGGCGGAGAAGAUAGUACAGGAAGCGCUUGAACGGGUCUCGAAAGGUCGGACUACGAUUGUCAUCGCUCACAAGUUGUCAACUAUCCGGAAUGCCGACAACAUCGCAGUCAUGGCUAACGGCGUCGUGGUUGAACAAGGUUCACACGACGCGCUCCUCGCGGAUGAUGGUGCCUACGCUCGUCUUGUCAAGGCUCAGGAUCUCGGACAGACAGAGAGCGAAGAGCAGCCAGAUGAGGAUCAUGCCACAGAAAAGGUGGACCUAGUUCGCACACAGACCCAAGCAUCCGCUAUCGGCCAAGAAGCGAACGAGUCAGACAACGACAGUAUCAACUACAACUUGGUGAAAUGUACCUUCAUAGUCCUUAAGGAACAAGGAGAUCUUUGGAAAUGUUUCCUCAUCCUGGCUGCCGCAACUCUAGCCGGAGGAGCGACAUAUCCAGCUCAGGCUAUCCUAUUUUCUCGGGUUGUUGAAGCAUUUCAACUGUCCUCAAACGAAGCAGUGGAUCAGGGUGACUUCUAUUCGUUGAUGUUUUUCGUCGUUGCACUUGGCAAUUGUGCUGUCUACAGUGUUGUUGGCUGGACCAGCAACAUCGUAGCACAGGUUGUCGCGAGAAAGUUUAGACGCGAAAUUUUCGACCUCAUCCUCAAGCAAGACAUGGAAUUCUUCGAUGCCCAAGAAAACGCGAGCGGCGCGUUAGCAUCGAAGCUCGGAGCCUAUCCUGACAGCUUGCGGGAUCUUAUGGGCUUCAACUUGAUGCUUAUAUGCAUCAAUGUCGUCAAUAUCGUCUCUAGCUCAAUCCUCGCCAUUGCGGUUGGCUGGAAACUAGGCCUCGUAGUGGUCUUUGGCGCUAUGCCUCUGAUUGUGUUCUCUGGGUAUCUCAGGAUUCGACUUGAGUUCAAGCUAGAAGAUCUCACCAGCAAACGUUUCGCUAGCAGCGCUGCUCUCGCUUCUGAAGCAGUCUCCGCCAUCCGCACAGUGUCCAGUCUCGCGCUCGAAAGACACAUCCUCGCCCUCUACGAGAAUCGAUUACGAGGUGUCGCAAGAGACGGCAUCAAAGCUUUGGUUUGGACCAUGUUCUGGUAUGCACUUACGCAAUCCAUCUCGUUCCUGGCAAUGGCCCUUGGCUUCUGGUACGGCGGCCGACUGAUCAGUACGGGAGAGUACACGACUACCCAAUUCUUCACGGUCUUUAUCGGUGUCAUUUUCUCUGGGGAGGCGGCUGCGGCCUUUUUCUCGUACACUACGAGUCUUACCAAGUCGGCGACUGCUGCAAACUACAUCUUUUGGUUGCGUAGGAUGAAACCUGCUGUACAGGAAGAUGUAUUGAAACCGCCAUUCGACGAUGAGAAGGGCACAGGUCCAGCACACGUUGAGGUACAGGACAUUGACUUUGCGUACAAGUCUCGGCCACACGCUAAGGUCCUGGAAGUCAUCGACAUCGAUGUGCAACCAGGUCAAUUCAUCGCCCUUGUCGGCGCUUCGGGCUGUGGAAAGUCGACGAUGGUCUCGCUUCUCGAGAGAUUCUACGAUCCUGUUACGGGACGUAUCACCUGUGAUGGCGUCCCGUUGAUGGACCUCUGUCCGCGCAAGUACCGCCGAGAUGUCUCUUUGGUUCAGCAAGAGCCGGUUCUAUACCAGGGAUCAGUGCGGGACAAUAUCGCCAUGGGUGUCGAAGGCAACGUGACUGACGCUCAGAUUGAAUCCGCAGCUAAACAAUCGAACAUCGCAGACUUCGUUGCGUCUUUGCCGAACGGUUUUGCAACGAUGUGCGGUAGUAGAGGCACGCAAUUGUCGGGCGGGCAGCGUCAGCGCAUCGCUAUUGCCAGGGCGUUGAUCCGCGAGCCGCGUCUGCUUCUUCUCGAUGAGGCUACUUCCGCGCUUGAUACCGAGUCUGAGAGGGUUGUUCAGGCAGCGCUUGAAGAAGCGCAAAGUGGGCGUACAACAAUCGCGGUAGCGCAUCGUCUCAGCACCAUUAAAGAUGCAGAUACGAUUGUGGUUUUUGCGAAGGGAAAGAUUGCGGAAAGCGGCACGCAUCAAGACUUGCUCGCUAAGAAGGGUAUGUACUACGAGAUGUGCUUAGGCCAGAGUAUGGACCGGGCGAUACCCUCAUGA